AUGAAGGAGGGCGACGGCGUUGAGGUCAGCUACAAUCACAACAAGCUGCAGGAGAUCAACCCGGAGCACCCAACACACGUCGUCGAUGAGACCGACCUCGACUCGGACUUUGACGACCGCAAUAAGAGAGACGUAGAAGAUCGCGAGGACCUCGAGGCAAGGGCAGACGUCGGCAGCACUCCAAACCGCCCGCGAGACCUGCUGGUCCCGAGGGGCGUGUGUCCUUAUG